AGACAGCUCGCCGCGACGGGUGCAUCUCGACGCGGCAGUCCGCGGUCGUCUUCUAAGGCGGGCUCGUUUAGACCCGCUCUCAGCAUCCACGUCGCGUGGUAAAUACAUUUCGAGAAUACACGUUUCUCAUUCAAAUCGUCCACUCGCGUCGAUCAGCUUUUCCUCCCUCUGGUUUCCUUCUACGCCUAUUCAUCCCUCUCUUCCUACAUACCCAUGCAAUUUGCAAUUUUCUCGAUCUAUACAGUCGCCUCGAUCCAUUUUCCUUCGAUCGACCCUCUUCGAUCCGGAGGAUAGUCUCGGUGCGUUUCCUCAUUAUUAUUUCUCCAGAAGCUCUCUCGAAAGCUCUUAUUGGUAAUCUGGUCGUAACCGGAAGUCGACGAUAGAUUGGUAAUUUCCGAGAUCGUUCGAGGGCACCUUCGAGUGCUCCGGAGGAAAGCCUAGGGAAACCAAUCGACGUUCGCCGCCUCGCGACCCGGGAAGGUCGCGUAGGCAUCGUGGUUGGGCGUCGGGGUCGUCGACACGACGGCGAGCGCGCCGAGAAGGAGGAAGAGGAGAAGGAGGUGGACGGCACGUCGCGUUAACGUUUCGGCUAAUGGUCGAAACGUCGAUCCGUCACUUCACACUCAAGUUCCCGAUGCUGCAGCCACCGUCUCCUCUCCUGGAGAUGGCGUCUCUACGUUUACCGGACUCGGACGAGUUCGACGUUGACACGCGACGCAGGAGCAACAACGUGCCGGUCACGACAGCGGUCGCGUCGCCGGCCACCGGGACCCUGUACAUGCGGAACGAUCUCGGCGGUUACCUCAACGACCUGAUCACGGAGGCGAUCGCGACGACGAGUCCGCGCGCGACCAUGGACGAUCACCAUCCCGAUCUGUUCAACGCCAGCGGGAUCGCGAAUCUGUCGGCGAUCGGCGAGCACACGCCCGAUCGGCUUUACAGACACAGCAUGGCCAUGUCGGCGGUUUACUGCGUGGCCUACGUGGUCGUCUUCGUGGUCGGGCUGAUCGGCAACAGUUUCGUCAUCGCCGUCGUGUACCGAUCGCCCCGCAUGCGGACCGUCACCAAUUUCUUCAUCGUCAAUCUCGCGGUGGCCGAUGUGCUCGUGAUCGUUUUCUGCCUGCCGGCCACCCUGAUGAGCAACAUCUUCGUCCCGUGGAUCCUGGGAUGGUUCAUGUGCAAGACGGUCGCUUAUGUACAGGGCGUCUCCGUGGCGGCCUCCGUCUACAGCCUGGUCGCGGUUUCCUUGGACAGGUUUCUGGCGAUCUGGUGGCCGCUGAAAUGCCAAAUCACGAAACGGCGAGCCCGCAUGAUGAUCGUCGUGAUCUGGUUCAUCGCUCUUACGAUGACGUCACCGUGGUUGCUGUUCUUCGAUCUGGUCUCCAUCUACGAGGACGAGCCCGAUCUGCGUCUCUGCGUGGAAACGUGGCCGCAUCCGGAGGACGGCACGCUCUUCUUCCUGAUCGGCAACCUGAUCCUCUGCUACGUGCUGCCGAUGAUUCUCAUAUCUCUCUGCUACAUUCUCAUAUGGAUCAAGGUGUGGCGCAGGCACAUACCCACCGACACCAAGGACGCCCAGAUGGAGAGGUUACAGCAGAAGUCGAAGGUGAAGGUGGUCAAGAUGCUGGUCGUGGUCGUCAUACUCUUCGUUCUCUCGUGGCUGCCUCUCUACGUCAUCUUCGCCGUGAUCAAGCUGGGUGGCGACAUCGUAGAGGGAGAAGACGAGAUUUUGCCGAUCGCCACGCCGAUCGCCCAGUGGUUGGGCGCCAGCAAUUCCUGCAUAAAUCCGAUCCUCUACGCCUUCUUCAACAAGAAGUACCGACGCGGCUUCAUCGCCAUUCUCAAGAGCGGUCGGUGCUGCGGCAAGCUCAGGUAUUACGAGACCGUCGCGAUGAUGUCCUCCUCGACGAGCAUGAGAAAGUCCUCCUAUUACGUCAACAACAACAACAACAACAAUUCGUCGACGAGACGAGCCUGGCACGGGCCGCCGGUCCAUCAGGACAGCAACGUCUCCUACAUAUUCAACCACACCGGCGUGUAAUCGCGGCGUCUUCUUGCCCGAGGUGGUCUCGCUUUAUUCUGCGGAUUUAAUCAUACCCGCUCGACGCGGGGUUGAUAAACCGGAGGGAGAGAGGGAAGAGACGACGUGGCGGUCUUCUCGUCUCACGGAUCUCAUCUUCCGGUCAGCCCGCGGUUGAAGCCGAAAUCUGGCCAAAGUCAGCCGGUCCGAGAGAAUUACGGAUCACUCUCUCGGGUGAUCGACACGAUUGUUACUUCGGGCCGGAAGUCAGAGCGACGGAAAAGCGAUCGAGAGAUCACGAGACGGCGUCUUAUUGUCAUUGUCCUUGGAAGAGGAAGACGUCGUCGGGUUUUGGGAUUUUGUCGUAAUGUAGCCCCGGCGUACUUGUAAUACAAUAGUCCUUAAGAAAGGUUUACCGCGCGAUCGAUCGCUUAGAUACGACACGAGAUGCGCGUUCCGUACUUUUUUCCCCUGGAAUCGCUCGAAGAUGACGCGACAAGAUUACGCUUCAAUGAUCCUUGCGAUUUUCUCUAUAUGUCGAUAUGAUAUUUGUACGCCAUUUUGAGGGACACGCGAGAGAGGUAGUUUGUUAGGUCUACCAAUUAAAAAAAAAAAGUGCGCGAGUUUGUUGUUACGAUUGCAUGCAUCAGCCUUCGCUCGUCGGGCGCGUAAUUAGCGCGACAGCUCGGGAUGAUGACUCGGGAUGAUGACUCGCGGGCGGGCGGAUGCGCGAGUCGACUCGUUGUCUCUCGACGGCUCGUGAUGAUAGACAAUUAGUCGCCGCGCGCGACACUCAUCGGCGGAGUAGCCGCGUAAUUAAGGGAGGCGGAAGUGGAGGCGUAUGCAGGCACCACUUUACACGGUAUACGCUCGAUCGGAGGCGACACACGAACGGGUAAAGUGCGGUAUAGCGUGGAAAAAUUGAUCAUCGGAUUUUCGAUUACGACGAUGAACGAGGGAUUGUGUGUAAAAUAUCUCAUUUUAUUCAGACGGAUUAAUUCGUAUAUGUAUACUGUUUCGCGAAGAGGUAAUUUAUUCAUAUUUUUGCCGACCCUUCUGGUGGAGAGAAAAGGCAUAGAUUCUCUUUGUAAGAGUCACAUUGUUAUAUCGACACCACACCCGCAUCCUUCUUUCUCCGACACUUUUAUUCCAUAAUUAUGACAAUGGAGAAAGAAUUUAUUUCUCGACGAUAAAAAAAGUCAGUCGAUCGACUCUUUGUAAACACUACCUCCACAUGUAGGUCAGCAAUUUACUACUAUGUACUUAAAAUUAUAUAUAUACACUGUAGGAUUACGUACAUAUAUAUUUUCUUACCGAGAAACGUUAAUCGAGUUGGUACUUUUGUCGUUUAUUGGAUGUUUAGAUAUUUGCGGCUUACGCUUACGAAAUAUAAUAAAAAAGAUUCACGCAAAUAUAUAUAUAUGUGAGAAAAACGCGUCUUAUUUUUCAUUGUUUUUAGUAGGUUCUUUUGCUUCUUGCACUUUUAUUCGAAAAAUAUCGAGUGGGCGGUUCGAUUUGUAGGAUGUUAUCAAAGACUUUCGUUUGUUCUUGUACCGAAUUAAUUAAUAGGAUCUUUUCUCGUAUACUUGUGGAUUUGCAUAUGCGUAAUUUGUCCAAAUUGUUCCGAUCGGGACGAUUUUCUGAAAUUAUGAGACGCUUGUCAUAGCUCGUUAUUGAAAAAAUUCUCUGUCAAAGAAUCGCACUUUUAAUGCGACCGAGCAAUCGCGAUUAACUGCUCGUUAUACACUUUAAGAUUUCACGACGAUCGGCUUGUCCAUGGGCGCGAUUUGCGAUAGGGGGUUGAUAAAGGGAUGAUGCUGGGGAAAAAUCACUUUGAAUCCUUAUAGUUGUAAAUCGGUAAACGCGCGAGUCGCCGGAUUUUACGAAUAGAGCAAUUAUUUUCGUAAAGUUUUUAUACAAGAGACGAGAGGUGAACCGUAGGUGUAACACGAACGUACGAAUUAUUAAACAGUGGUCCCGAGACGCUGCUCAAAUUCAUAUCCACCUUAAUAGCGGACGUCGCCACUAAAGUAAGUCGAGCGGCGGCGCGAUUAGGUUUGUAACGACGAUAAUAAAAUAGAAUGAGAGGCAAACUGUAAAAUGCAACUAGUAACGAUAGCAAAUUGAAAGAACGAACUCGAGAGAUUGAAGGGGCGUGAGAACAAUCUUGGAACUUGAAACUGAUAUAAUAUUUCGCCAAGUUUACAAUUUUGUCAUAAACACACACGGGUGAAAAUAAUCUUUCUCGAUUUACAUACACUGACGCAUCUUUUCGAUAGCAUCAACUCACCGAAAUUAUGUCGGCUGGCAAUAAUCUCGGGCUGCGACUGUAUAUGUGUGUACAUAUAAAAUGGCGAAAAUGUGCGAGUAAUCAAGUGUACGAGCACUGAAUAGAAUAUGUAUAUACGUACAUGUAAAGAGAUCAAGGGUGUGUGAGUCUGUAUUCGCUCCGUCUUGUACUUGUAUAUUUACAUUACAUGUAUAUCCACUGUUGUUAUUAAAUAUAUAUGCAGACACGCGCAA